AUGAUUCUCUUUGUGCUUUUUAUGAGAACCUUUGGAGCAGAGGACGACCCUGUGAUCUGUAAGAUGAUGGGGAGCCCAGCGUUUCCUCUGUUAUCUAAAGAAGGAGAUAUCACAAUUGGAGGAGCUUUUUCUCUCCAUAGCCAAAUCUCAGAGCCUUCACUCUCUUUCACAGAUACUCCAGAACCACUAACAUGCUCCAGGCUAAAUUUCAGAGAGUUUCGUUUUGCUCAAACAAUGAUUUUUGCCAUUGAAGAGAUCAACAAUAGUAGCUCUCUGCUGCCUAGUAUUUCCAUUGGUUACAAGCUAUUUGAUACCUGUGGUUCAACGCUGCCCUCCUCUCGUGCAGCGAUGGGUUUAUUGAACGGACGAGAAAGGACUUUAGGAAAAAACUGCUCCAGCCAGUCAUCAGUUCAGGCCAUCAUUGGAGCCUCUGAGUCUUCCUCCACGAUUGUGAUGCUACAGAUUUUAGGGAUCUUCCAAGUACCAGUGAUUAGCCACUUUGCCACGUGUGCUUGCCUGAGUAACAGAAAAGAAUUCCCCUCUUUCUUCAGAACCAUACCCAGCGACUACUACCAGAGCAGAGCUUUGGCUAAACUGGUCAAGCACUUUGGCUGGACCUGGGUUGGGGCAGUUAGAAGUGACAAUGAUUAUGGCAACAAUGGCAUGGCAACAUUUGUCAAAGCUGCAAGUCAGGAAGGAGUCUGUGUUGAGUACUCAGAAGCCAUCUCAAGGACCGCUGACCAGAGUGACCAGGUUGCCAGGGUGGUCAGAGUGAUCAAAAGCAGCAGUGCAAGGGUUUUAAUCGCCUUCCUUGCCCAGGGUGAGAUGAAUGUUCUGCUUGAGGAAGCUCUGAAGCAGAACUUGACUGGGCUUCAAUGGGUGGGCAGUGAGUCCUGGAUUACAGCAGGUCAUCUAGCCAAUAAAAGGUACUCGGGAAUACUGAUGGGGUCUCUGGGCUUCACCCUAAGAAAAACAAAGAUACCAGGCUUGCAAGAGUUUCUUUUGCAGGUUAACCCGAGCCAGGAUCCUCAGAAUAAUCUGCUGAGAGAGUUCUGGGAAGCAACAUUUGGCUGCAGUUUUGAGUCCAGUCUGACUGGCCCUACAGCAUGCUCUGGCUCUGAAAGACUAGAUGAUAUUAAUAACCCUUUUACAGAUGUGUCAGAGCUAAGGAUAUCUAACAAUGUGUAUAAGGCUGUGUAUGCUGUAGCUCAUGCCAUGCACAACAUGUUAGAGUGUGGUCAAAGUGGCAAAGCAAUAAAUGAGGCAUGUAUGUGGAAAGAUGAUUUUGAGCCACAACAGGUUUUGAGACACCUCCAAGAUGCAAAUUUUACACUACAGUCAGGAGAAAGGCAGUAUUUUGAUGAAAACGGAGACCCUGCAGCAACCUAUGAGCUGGUGAAUUGGCAGAAAGACCAAACAGGGGAGACGGUCUUUGUGGCUGUAGGGAGCUAUGAUGCUUCACUACCGAACGGAAAGCAGUUUACCAUGAAUGGGAUAAACAUAGCUUGGACUGCCGGAUCCCCAAAGAGGCCGGAGUCUGUCUGCAGUGAGAGUUGUCUGCCGGGUUUCAGACAAGCUGUUAUCAAAGGUAAACCCAUCUGCUGCUUCUCCUGCAUUGCCUGUGCUGCUGGAGAGAUCAGCAACUCCACCAGUUCUGCAGAGUGUUCCCCGUGUCCCAUGGAGUACUGGUCAAACGAAGAUCAUAGCCAGUGUGUCCCAAAGGUGAUUGAGUUCCUCUCAUAUGGAGAAACCAUGGGCGCCCUCCUCGCUGCUUUCUCACUGUUUGGAGCUUCUAUAACAAUAGUGGUGUUGUGUGUCUUCUCUUGGUUCCGUCAUACCCCUCUCGUCAAAGCCAGCAACUCUGAGCUGAGCUUCCUGCUGCUCUUCUCCUUGGCCCUGUGUUUCCUGUGUUCUUUGACUUUCAUAGGCCAGCCAACUGAGUGGUCCUGCAUGCUGCGGCACACAGCUUUCGGCAUCGCUUUCGCCUUAUGCAUGUCUUGUAUCUUGGCAAAAACCAUAGCAGUGGUUAAUGCUUUUAGAGCCAACAGGCCUUCCAACACAGUCCCUCAGUGUUCGGCUGCACUUCAGAGAGCCAGUGUUCUCAGCUGUACUCUGCUUCAAGUGUUGGUUUGUUUGCUGUGGUUAACUCUUGCCCCACCUUACCCUUACAAAAACACAGCUUAUGCCAUUGAAAGGAUUAUUUUGGAGUGUGAUUUGGGGUCUCCCAUAGGGUUUUGGGUUGUGUUGGGAUAAGGACUCCUGGCGGUGCUGUGCUUUAUCCUUGCUUUUCUGGCUCGAAAGCUACCUGAUAAUUUUAAUGAAGCCAAAUUCAUCACCUUCAGCAUGCUCAUAUUCUGUGCAGUAUGGAUUGCUUUUAUCCCAGCGUAUGUCAGCUCUCCUGGGAAAUUUACUGUAGCUGUAGAGAUAUUUGCUAUUCUGGCCUCAAGCUUUGGGUUGCUUUUUUGUAUAUUUGCCCCAAAAUGUUAUAUUUUACUACUACAACCAGAGAAAAACUCCAAAAAACAUAUGAUGGGGAGAAAAUAA